UUGUUGAAAUAGCUUUAAAGAGAGUGAUUUCACGAGUAGCAAGAAUGAGCGAGAUUCAGGAACCUGAAAAUGACAAAGUGGAACCAAACGUUGUUUUAGAAGCUCAAGAAGUCGAAGAAAAUGAAAUAGAAAAAUUGAAAGAAGAUACUAUAGGAGAUACUCUGUACAGUGGCAAAUGGAUAAUCAGUAUUUUACUUUCAAUAUCAAAGGUUCAGGAAGAUGGAUGGAAUGAGAAACUGCAAAGUGACUUGUGCACCUUAUGGGAUAUGACUACAGAAAAAGAUAUUGUUCAAUUUCUGGUGGAUGUUGAUUUCCUUAAAGUUGCAGAGUUUGCUUUAAAUUCAUCUGAAGAACCAAGAUUAACGGAAAUAAUUUUGGGAAUAAUUGGAAACAUGACUUGUGAAUCAUCAGUUUUGGAUUUAUUGGGAGCAAAAGAAGAACUCCUUGAAACAAUUCUUCGUCAUCUUUCUUCUGAAGACUCUGCUACAUUGGUACAAAUUCUUCGACUGUUGCGUUCUGCACUUUGGAAUAUUCAAACCAAUCCAGAAUCAAAGUGGAGAGUUAAUUUGAGAAACUCAACUUUUUUGAGGGAGGUAGUCCCUUUUAUUUUAAAAAGUUCCACAAAUGAGGAACUUUUGAUUGCAACGACGAGUUUUCUACGUUCUGCAGCAGAAAUUGAUCUUCCAUCCGGAAAAACAUUAUUGGAUGAAUUGUUCGAAUCAUCCAGUUUUCUACUAGGAAUGUUAGAAUCUUUUGAAGAAGUUCUUCCUGAAGAUGAAGCUCAUCUUCAUUCAGCCUCAACUUUAAAGUACCUUGAAGAUUGGUUAGAAUUGUUCUCUAAUCUCCGAAAGGGACAUCAAAUUCAUCAAGAAAUUUUGCAAGAAGACAAUUUAACUAGAACAGUAGAAAUUCCACGAAGAAUUUUAACAAGUUUUAUCGAUCCAUGGAAUCUUUAUCCUUUAGAUGAAACUAAAGCUUCUUGUGUUCAUAGAUGUGCCGAAAUGAUUCUUGAUUUUCGAUGGAAAGGAUUUUUGAGAGCAGAUUCUACAGUUGAUAUAGAUGCAAUAGUUUUAAAAAUUAUAGUCAGCAUUAACACAGCAAUGAAAGAUGAAGAUGAAGAUUCCGAAGAAACAAUGGAAGAGCUAUUAAAAUAUCUGGAAGGAUAUUGGGUUGAAGUAUCGAAGAUUUCUACAACAGAUGAGAUUAUAAAGAUUUUAAAAACAAACGAAAAGACUGUUAUCGAUCAUGCAAUAAAUUUGUUAAAAUCAAAAAUUCCUUCAGAAAAAAUUAACGGUAUAAUGGAUGGAUUACCAAAGGAGUAA